AUGAGCUGGAAAAAUGAAAGACCUAUGGCACGUUCGCUUUGUCGGACCAAGUGGGAGGUUCGGUUUAGCCCUGAAGAGGCUGCCCGAAAGUGCGGGAUUGAAACGCAUGAAAUUGAGGAUAUCAAGUCGUGUACACAAGAGCAGCUAGUAUAUGCCGCGCUCUUGUCUCAGGGGGACAAAGGGCCCGUUGCGGAAUGGACUUUGGACAUCUCAGAAGCAACCAGUAUUAACCUUCUAAAGAAGGCAUGGCGGGACAUGGUACAGUCAAAUACGUUCUUACGGACUCGGAUCAUCGCGGAUGACUCUCCCGGAAUUUUUGUGCGCGUCGUUCUGAAAGAAGAGCCACUCUUAUGGACCGAAGAAGAUGGUAUGGACGAUCCUUGGGUACUAGGUUCCUCGUUGGCUCGGGUUCGUCUCAUCAAGGUGCCGAAAACAAACCAACGUCGGCUUGUCGUCAAAGUCCACCACGCAAUAUGCGACCCGUGUUCUUUGUAUGCUGUGUUUGAAUCCGUUGAUCAUGUGUAUCAGAGAAAGGGGGAAUACAGCCUGGAAGGGGGUAAGGCCUCAAUGACUUGCACUACAGAAAGGUCUUUUUACGAUGCAACUACCUUUCCCGAGCUUCCGCCAUCAGUGCAGUAUCCUGCUGCUAGCCAUUCCCUACAGCAGUCCGUCUCAUUGGGCACAUUGCCAUGUAGGCUGGACGAGCUUACCGCCCAUAUAUGGCUAGCAUGGGCUAUUACCCAGUCACAGUACCAAAGCAGCGACCAUGUGCUUUUUGGGACGGCCUCACGACAUGACGAGGGAAGGCCUGGGUUCCCUGCCUAUGUUAACCCCACCCUGCUCGUGCUGGACAGCAAGGCCUCCAUGAGUGAUAUUCUCCGAGAACUGGGAGUUAUGUUCAGCCGUUCAGCUCAAGCUUCGACGCCUGUAUGCCCCCAAAGCGCAGCAGAAAAAGGUAUGUCAGGUGCCGUACAGACUGUCGUGUCAGUUCGUCGGAUAACCCAACAUCGUCCGUUGACAUUCGCCAACCUUGUGAAGUUUGACAAGCAAAAUCCCUUCCAAAAUUAUGCCUUGACCCUGGAUUGUCGGCUGGAAAGGGAUUCCUUGCUCACGGUUGAGGCGCAUUAUGACCACAACGUGAUUCCCCAAUGGGUGACACAAAGGGUCCUGAACCACUUUAUGCAUGUUCUUCCCCAGACCCUGCAUCGCAACCGGGAUACAAAAUUAGCAAGCUUCAAAAGGCUUAGUCCAUAUGACGAGGCUCAGCUGGCGUACUGGAACAGCCAACAUGUCCCCGUUGUGGACGAGCCUGCUCAUCACAUCAUACAAACAAUAUGCAUUAAGCAACCUAAUGCAGAGGCGAUCUGUUCAUGGGAUGGGAAGUUCACAUACAAUGAGGUAGACGUCUUGUCAGACUCAUUAGCUGCUCGGCUUGUGGAUCUCGGUCUGGGCGGUGCUGAGUCAGUCAUUCCGGUUUGCAUGGACAAAAGCCGUUGGGUGCCUAUUGCAAUACUUGCCGUGGUUAAAUCUGGAGCAGCUUUUACUUUGUUUGACCCAUCGUAUCCAUUGCAACGGCUCCAGAUAAUGGCCGAAGACGUUAAGGCAACGGCAAUACUUUGCUCUAAGAUGACACUAGAGCUGGCAUCCCAGAUUGUUCCGCAAGCGCUCCGAAUUGAUGAUGAGAAGGGCUGGGGCACAAUCCGCGCCAGGCCUGGCUCGCACCUUUCAAGGCCUUCGCGGCGGGAUGAUGCACUAUAUAUUGCCUUCACAUCUGGCUCAACGGGGAAGCCCAAGGCCACGGUGAUCGAGCAUGGAUCGUACUGCACUGGUGCCAGAGAGCACAUCAAGGCAUUUCGAUUGACCAAGAAGGCAAGAGUCCUACAGUUCGCGCUAUACGCAUUCGAUGUCAGUAUUAUGGAGAUUCUCAGCACCUUGAUGGCUGGGGGAUGCAUUUGUAUACUCAACGAUGUACAGCGUACCACACCACAGGCCUUUGAGGAGACGUUAUCCAAUUUCAGGGUUACGCACGCCCUUCUGACGCCGUCGUUUGCUAGAUCCCUGCGACACGCCAAGCUGCCAUCUCUCGAUGUACUGAUACUGGGCGGAGAACCUAUGUCACUGGCAGAUGCUGAGCACUGGGCGUCACGGAAUAUCACUUUAAUGAAUGCAUAUGGGCCCGCAGAGUGUUCAAUAAACACCACUGUGCAGCCCAAUGCCAUUGCAUGCCCAAGCAACAUCGGGUUUGGAACUGGGGCCGCAUGUUGGGUUGUUGAUCCGAGGAAUCAUAACCAACUGGUGCCUAUCGGAGGUGUCGGAGAAUUACUUGUCCAGGGCCCAAUUGUUGGCCGGGGUUACCUUAAUAACCCAGCCCUCACUAAAGCAUUCUUCGUCAAGUUUGUGCCCUCGAUAUCAGCGCGACUACCUGGGGCGGAAACCAUAGACAGAGGCUAUAAGACUGGGGACUUGGUCCGCCAGGAGAUGGACGGUUCCAUCGUCUAUAUUGGGCGCAAAGAUCAGCAAGUCAAGAUUCGGGGCCAGCGGAUUGAGCUCGCUGAGGUUGAAUUCCAAGUUCAGAAGAGCUUGGAAAGCGAUGCUGACGUGGUCAUAGAAGCAGUCCAUAUUGAGGGCAAGUCACAGCUGCUCCUGGUAGCAUUCCUGAGCCUCAAGGUACAUGGAGUUCAAGCCAGCGGGGACCUGGCGCCCUUUGCGAUUCCAGAUGAACACUGGUUCGGGUACGUCGAGACCCUGGAAGGAGCGCUGAAACAAAAGUUGCCACGAUCUAUGAUCCCGGAUCUGUUUUUCCCGUUGGCAUAUAGCCCUACCACACCAACUGGCAAGAUUGAUCGACGUCUCCUGCGGGAACUUUGUAGCAGUCUCCCGCAAGCACAGCUGGAACUAUAUCGGAACAGGAACAAGGCUGCAUUCAAAAAGCAACCGUCCACACAAGUCGAGCAGACACUUCAACUGCUUUUUUCGCAGAUUCUAGAAAUUGAAAAGCAUAGCAUUAGUGUAACAGACAACUUUUUCCAGCUCGGAGGAGACUCCAUAUCAGCCAUAAGGCUGGUUGGUGCCGCGAGAGAUGCAGGCCUUGAGUUCACCGUGGGCCAGCUUCUCUCUACACCAACUAUAUCAGAGGUAGCCCUUUAUGCAAGGGCAAUGUUGUUUCCGAAAGAGAAACCCUCUUCACCACUUCCCUUUGGUCUAAUGGAAACUUCCGCAAAGCUCUCUGAAAUAAUGCCGUUGGUCCGAAACCAAUGCAACCUUUCCAAUUUAGACAACAUUGAGGACGUUUAUCCUUGUACAGCGUUGCAGGAGGGCAUGUUUGCUCUGUCGAUCAAGUCUCCAGGGACAUAUAUUGGAGGAAUACUGUUAAGAUUACCAGGUAGCAUAAAUACCCAGCGUCUGUUGUCCGCCUGGCAGGAGACGGUAGAAGCGAACCCUAUCCUGCGCACGCAGAUAGUUCAGACGCCCAAAGGGCUACUACAGGUCGUGAUGCGACGAGUGAGUUUCGAAUGCACGCAACAUGCCGCAUUGGAAGCAUUCGAGAAAUUGCAUGACUUUCAGGGCAGAGGUGCGUCAAUCAAUCCAAUGUGCCAAGUUGCCCUUGUGAAACACAAUGGAGAUCAACAUUUCGCCCUGAAGAUCCACCAUGCGCUGUGUGAUGGAUGGUCUUUGAAGUUGAUUCUGGGCCAGCUCGACGUUGCAUAUCGUAAGAAGGCUUCUCUUACGAUAUCCCACUUCAACACCUUCAUCAGAUAUUUGAAUAGCAUUGACGGGUGGGAGGAAUACUGGGGUUCUGAACUCCGCGAUCUCCAGGCACCUAUAUAUCCAGCAUUACCCUCACCCGCCUACAUACCUCGUCCAACAUCUCUCCGAGAACACGCCAUUCAUAACAUCCGCAUGACUGAUUCUGGAAUGCGCCUACCACUUUUGAUAAAGUUAGCCUGGUCCGUACUUGUAUCCAACUACACCGACUCCGACGACGUGGUAAUCGGCUUAACCUUGAACGGACGAAAUGCACCAGUUCCAGGAAUCGAGCAAUUGACUGGUCCAACAAUAACAACAGUACCACUGCGCACCCGAAUACAUGAAGACGAAACAGUCCGUACUGCAUUGAAGUCUCUUCAAAAUAAAUUAACAACCAUGAUUCCCUACGAACAAGCCGGCCUGCAAAACAUAGGGAAGCUAAAUGAUGACGGUAAAAGAGCCUGUAGUUUUCAGAUGCAACUUGGGAUACAGCCACCGUCAGACCUUGACACGAAGGACUAUUGCUUCGAUGUCCUGGAACAUUUCAUCGGUCCCUCGAUGGAUUACAGUGACUUUUCCACCUAUGGCAUAGUCAUUGUAUGUGAGCUGAGCCGUAGUGGGACCGCUUUACGCGUGAAACUGCGCCACGAUCCUGAUCUUGUAAGUCCGGACGAAGCGAAUUGCAUGGUACACCUCUUCGAGCAUCUACUAAGGCAGCUGUGUGAAUACCCUGAUACGAGACUGAGUCAACUUGAGCUGGCUGGACCACAGGACAUCAAACAGUUUGCUGAGUGGAAUGCCACAGCCCCCGCACCAGUUGAAAGUUGCCUACAUGAAUUAAUCUUGAACCACUGUCGCAACCAGCCUGGGGCCUAUGCAAUUUGCGGAUGGGAUGGUCAUCUGACCUAUAAAAAACUAGGACUGCUCACCAUCCAGCUAGCAAACUACUUACGGACACGCUUCGAUAUCCGCCCAGGUGUGAAUGUCCCAAUUUGCCCCAAUCGAUCGAAAUGGGCUAUUGUGAGUAUGCUUUCGGUUCUGUAUGCAGGUGGAGCCUGUGUGCUACUGGACCCAAGUCAUCCACGGGCGAGGAUGGAAUGUAUUAUCAGCGAUACUGCCGCGGAUGUCGUUCUAUGUAACGUUGAAACCGAGGGGAAAGUAAAUGGCCUGACACGGGAUCUGGUUAUAGUCGGACCUGGCUUGCUGGAUUCCCUACCGACACCUGCCUCACUUUCACAGACGCUUUCUAAUGUAACGCCAAUGGACCCCGCAUUCGUUAUCUUCACGUCCGGAAGCACUGGCAAGCCUAAAGGUAUAAUCAUGUCCCACAAAUCUCUAAGCACGAGCAUAUCCUACCAUAGUCCGCAACUUGGGGUGGAUCAGCAAAGUCGCACCCUUCACUUUUGUUCCUAUGCGUUUGACGCCAGUAUAUAUGAGGUCUUCACAACUCUGGUAUGUGGAGGGUGUCUAUGCGUGCCAUCUGCCUCUGACUGUACCGACAAUCUGGCUGGGUUCAUGCGCCACUUCGACGUGAACUUGGCAAUCAUGGCUCCUUCAGUGGUUCGGUUGCUUCAUCCGGACAACGUGCCUUCUCUCCGAUAUCUAGUCCUUGGCGGUGAAGCUCUCACUUGGGAGAUUGUUAACCUGUGGGCCGACAGGGUCAGGCUAGUCAAUGGCUAUGGACCAGCAGAGGCGACCAUUAUGGCAGCGGGAGUUGUUCAAGCAAGUAAUUGGAUAACCGGCCUCAUCGGUCCAGCUGUCGGUGCCAACGCUUGGAUCACAAAACCGUUUAAUCCGGAUCGAUUGGUUGCCCGUGGGAUGAUUGGCGAGCUCCUCAUCGAGGGCCCAGUGCUCGCAGAUGGUUAUAUUAAUGCCCCAGUGGAAAGUGCAGAUCCGUUCAUCCAGGCUCCCGUCUGGUUACGAUCAAUACGGCCGAAUGGUGUGGGCGCCACAAGGCUCUACCGCACAGGGGAUUUAGUUCAACAGCAGCGUGAUGGGUCAAUCCGCUUCAUUGGCCGUCGAGAUAACCAAGUAAAACUUCGUGGGCAACGGAUCGAAUUGCAGGAGGUCGAGCAUUGUGUCACUUCCCAUUCCCCAGAUGCAGUGGUAGUGGCGGAGGUGGUCUCAUUCCUGACAAACACGAGACGAAGAGAUGAACUCGUAUUAUUCAUGAAGGGAAGCAAUGCAGGAAUAGAAGCCAACACGAUCACUUCUCCCUCUGAGAAGACCUCAACAUUAUUCUCCUCUCCAAGCAAGGUAGAUCACACCGCUAUGGCCGCGUUGAAGGCCCACAUGGCUCGCAACCUGCCACGCUAUAUGGUUCCAUGGAUUAUCCUACCUCUGGACGAAGUCCCCCAGACUGCUUCUGGAAAGACUGACCGAGCCCGUUUGCGAGUGGCAGCUGGGAAGCUUGAUCGAGAGAUGCUGGACAAGUACAUGAAUACAGCAACUAUUGUAAAGCGUCAACCAUCGACCGACCAGGAGGUCCUUGUGCGUGGCAUCUUCGCACAAGUUCUCUCACUGUCAGAAAGCGAAAUUGGAAUAGACGACAGUUUUUUCACUAUUGGGGGGGAUUCCAUCUCUGCAAUGCGGUUUCUCACUCUAUGUCGUCAGGCAAAGCUUCAUCUCAACAUGUCCGCGUUCCUCACCUACAAUACGGUCGCUCUAUUUUGUAUUAAUGCGAGUACCUCGACAGAAAUUUCCAGGUUCGAUACAGCCGAGGAGGUGGAUCGCCUAUUUCCCUUGAGUCCCAUUCAAGCGAUGAUCCUGGGGCCUGAUGGAUCAUCUAAUAGACAAUUCAAUCAGAGCUUCUUCCUCAAGGUUCAAUAUCCAAUUGAUCAUGACGAAAUGCGUAAUGUACUUUACCAGAUUGUCCAGCAUCAUUCGAUGCUACGUGCUCGAUGGGUCCAGCCUCCAGGCAAGGAGCCACAACAGGUAAUCUCAUCAUCAGCCCUUGAUAAUUCCUUCUGUGUCCAGCACCAUCACCUACACAGGAGAGAGCAGGUUGAUGGCAUCGCCAGGCAAUCCCACUCGCGUUUGGAUAUCCGCCAUGGGCCAAUCCUGUCGUUGGACAUUAUUUCGGUAGAGGAUGACGCGGACUACGCAUUGUUCAUUGCGCAUCAUCUUUCAGUAGAUCUGGUAUCAUGGCGUGUGAUUCUUAGUGACAUUGAGGAUCUUUUAAGGGGCAAGACGCUUGGAAGGAUCCGUCCAUUCUCCUUUCAGACAUGGGUUCAUUUGCAAUAUGAUCAAGCCAAAGGCUAUGGUCCAACGUCCGUUCUUCCAUUUGAAGUUCAUCCAGCCAGUUAUGAAUACUGGGGCCUCACACGAGACCAGAACGUUUUCGGUUCCGCUAUUGAGUCAGUGUUUACUCUAGACGCGGACACCACCAACGUGUUAUUGGGAGAGGCGAAUACGCCGCUGAAUUCACAGCCUCAAGAGAUAUUCCAUGCAGCUCUUCUUCAUGCUUGGCAGAAGACCUUUAGCGACAGAUUUAUGCCAACCGUUUUCCUUGAACGCCAUGGCAGAGACCCUUGGGACCCAGAAAUUGAUAUAUCCCAGACUGUUGGCUGGUUUACCACCAUGUGUCCAUGUACUGUGAGUGCAAGCAUAGGUAGCAACCUAUCUCUAAUGGACUUAAUCUGCCGUGUCAAAGACAAUAGCCGCCGCAUUCCGGGCAAGGGACUGCCGUACUUUAGCUCACGAUUCUACAAUCCCCAAUGUAAGACAGCCUUCAAGGACCAUGAUCCAGCAGAGAUAAUCUUCAACUAUGCUGGUCGCUAUCAACAGCUGGAAUGCCCGGAUGCAGUGUUUACUCAACCUGAUUGGACGUUGGAUGAAAAGAUGGAUGUAGCUGAGGAUACGCCACGUUUUGCGCUAUUUGACGUAUCGAUAAAUAUCCGGAGCGGCCGGUUGCAUUGCUCUAUCUGGUUUAGCAAACACUCUCAGAGACAGAACCAGAUUACUCAAUGGAUCACGGAGUACCAGAGCUCGCUACAGACAGCGGCAACUGAACUUGUAGCGAGUCGUCGUCAACUAACCAUGUGCGAUAUUCCGUUAGUCACGAUCGAUGACUACAAACGUCUGGGAAUCUUCGAAGCCACUCUUCUCAGCCAGCUUGGCCUGGAGUCUGUUUCGACAAUAGAGAGUAUCUAUCCGUGUCCUAGUUCCCACUCCGGUCUUAUCAAAGGGUUAGCUGGAAAUGGCGAUCGCCACCAUGUCCGAGCCGUGUUCAAGCUAUACGGUAGUAAAGCGGUAGAUCCAGUCCAUGUCCUGGAAUGUUGGCAUAAAUUGAUCCAGCGUCAUGCCAUUCUCCGCACAGUCAUUGUGGAUAAUCCCUUAACUCCCGGAGAACUCCUUCAUGUCGUCUUUAAGGAGCCUACAAUCGACGCGGCUGCCCUGUCUUUUCAGUCACGGAAUGUUGUUGCGGAGCUUUGUGAUGUUCACCCGUCUUUCGAUUGGGUCACCUCUCCAGCGCACCAGAUGGUAGUCGGCCAGGGGUUUGAUGGUGAGGUCUUUUGCAAAUUGGAGACUGGAAAAGCGUUGAUCGACGGGACAUCUCUUUCCAUUCUGGUCGAUGAACUUUGCCUUGCUGUCAAUCAUCUCCUACCAUCCAGACCGGCUCCUUUAUACAAGGACUUUGUCUCUUACGUGCAGGGACAACCCCUUGAUAAGAUCAUGAGUUACUGGGAGCGCACCCUGGAUGGAGUCACCUCGAGCUUCAUCCCGAGAUCUCUCCCUGAGGCACCCACUGCCCCAGACGCCCUCCCCGUGCUGCAUUCCAAAAGGAUCAACCUGGAUGGCUUCGACGAGGUCGAUGGUUUCUGGAGAGAGAACAGUCUAACCUUGACAAACAUCUUUCAAGUGGCCUGGGGCUUGGUACUUUCCUUUUACAGUAGAUCGCCAAAGGUCUGUUUCGGCACGCUGGUAUCGGGACGUGAUGUUCCUGUCACCAAUAUUGGAGACAUGGUUGGCCCCUGCUUUAAUGUUCUUCCCUGCCGUUUAGAUCUCUCUCCAGGCCGUAAUAUCAUGGAGACUCUUCAGCAGAAUCAGCAGGAUAUGCAACACCGGAUAGAUCACCAGCACUGCUCAGUCAGUGAAAUCACUGGUGGUGUGAGAGAAACUACCUCAAUUCCCUUAUUCAACACUUGCCUGUCGGUACAAGCCAGCUUCUCUUCACAUAUCGCAGAGCCAAACGGAGACUUGUGUGAUAAGGUGCAGGCCAGCAUCGUUGAUAUUCACGACCCUACCGAGUAUGAUUUAUGCCUUGCAGCUCUCGUCUAUCCCUCCCAUAUUGAAGUCGAGCUGCGGUACUGGAGCUUCACAUUUUCGGAACAAGAUGCGACGAGGCUAUUAAGCAACCUUCGCAAAGUGAUUACUCAUAUUGUCACUCAUUCUGCGCGACCAAUCGCGUCUAUCGACUGGGAUACUUAG